CUGUGAUUUUCAAAAAAUUUGAACCAAUAUUUUUAGAUGUAUUUCAAAAUCCUUAUGAAGAGACGCCUAAAACACAAAGGAGCAGGAAGCAGAGGUAUUGUGAGAGUCUUAAAUUAUUUUACUCGUGUGAAGACCAGUUGUAACAGGUUUGUGUACCAAGGCAGCCAUGCAAUUCGUGCCUGGCUCCAAGUUUAGGGUGCCCUCCCCUCCUUACUCACCCACCACACCUUUGAUGUCAUUGUUUUAUUCGGAGGGAGGCUGCCUAAAGAUCCUAGAGGAGCAGUUCCCAGACUGUGGGUCGUAACCCCAAAUGGAGUCGCAGCAUCAGCGGGUGGGUUCACAGUGGUCGGGGGCUGUGGGUUGGGAGAGGGAUCAUACUGAGGAAAAGUUUGGGAAGCACUGUCCUAGAGUGAGCCUAAACAUGGGCUCUCCUUCCCAAUAUCCAGUCCCAUGCUUUGCAGAUUAUACUUUUUCCUGAUUCCUCGCUCCUCCUGGGCUACAGGCUCCUUGGGCCCAGUUGGUCCCUGGCUGUUGUCCCUUACCUUCAGUAUACCCAGCCCCUGGCCCCACUCCCAGGCCCCUGACAACUGCUACUCCUGGGCUACAGACCUCUGAGCUCUCUGGCCCUGCUGACACUCGCCCCUCCCUCUGGACUCAGACCCCUUGGCCCCACACUCUGCUCCUCUGGACCCCAGGCCCUCUAUUUCUCUGGCCCCUAUCCAACUACAGGCUCUUUGGCCCACUCAGUCUCUAGCAGUAGUCCCUGGCCUUCAGUCUGCUUAGACACUAGCCCCGCUUCUAGGCCAGUGAGACCUUCAGGCUUUCAGACCCUGCUGACAACCACCCUCCUGUCCAGGUUCUCAGGCAUGUCUAUUCCAAGGCCUCUAUGCAGCUUGCCCAAGCUCCAUUCUUCUGUUAGAAGCCCUGCUGCCAGGAGCUCUACUCUGUCUGGAUUCCAGGGCUAGACUGCUUGACCAGCUCGGGUCCUAGGCUUAUAUGUCUCAAGCCAGGCCCCUUUCUGGUCAGGCCCCUGCCACACCUGCAGGCUGCUCCCAAGCAGCCUUUUGCUCUUAAAAUGACAGACGUGCAAAGCACCCUAGCAUACCAAUAAGCAGUAGAUUAUAAAGUGUUAUUUCUUUAACUUGAAAGUAAAACUUCAUUCAGAAUUGUCUGCAGAGGUUGUGAUUUAUACUUCAAAAUUCAGGAAAAAUUACUUGCAUAGGUGUCAGUUUUCUCUUUGAGACUCUGAUCCUGGAAUGAGAUUCAUAUAAAAAAAUUUCUGCAUCUGUGUGGAAUAUCACUGAUACCACUGGUGCUCUACAUACAGGUCUGGUCAUCCUGGACACCUCUCAGUGUAGGAUCAGGGCUUUAGCCAACAUUAACCUAGUGUCCCUUCCUGGUGGUAAAUAGGUGCUGCAUUGCUUGAGGUGUCAUGCUUUAGAAGAAACAUAAAAUCAACAUUCUGAUUACCUGUCGUUGAUUUAAAAAAAACCCAUAGCAUUCUUCCUAAGGUGUUCCAGGUUGUUUAAAUGUUUCUGACCUGCCUGAAUUUCUAAUGAUGAAAAGCAUUAAAGUUACCUAAAAAGGCAAACAUUAAAAAAUUACAAACCCACUAGUUAUUUCUUUGGAUGUAGCUAUUUAAGCGUUUAAUGAUCCUCCUGGUUAAAUAUGUAAUACAAGUUUGUGAUUUAUGCUAAGAUUACAAGUAGGUAUUGAUGCUAAUAAUUAAGGUCAAAUGGGAAAAUGUUGUUAUACUUCUUUACUAUUUUUUUUCAUUUUACUGAUGUGGAUAGCUAUGUUAGUCUGAAGUCAGGCAGAAGGUUGGUCUCUAAGGUACCACCCUACCUUCAGUCUUACCAUAAACUCAAUAAAAGAUGAUCUCUUUUCUUCCUCUCUUUCAAAUGAAGUCCAAAAUUACCAUUAUUGUUAAUGCACAACUUAAAUGCGUGCACAAACUAUGAAGCUGACUAAAAGACUUACAAUGAGACUACAACCUUGAACUAGAGACAUGGCUUAUUAGGGGCUUCUUGUACAACCAUGUCCCUAAUGUAGCUGUGCUGGCAGAAGCCCCUAAUAUAGACACACACCUAGCAGUAAAAGUGAAGUUUUGCUGGUGUAGCUUCUUUCACUUACGGGAAGAGGUUGAAUAUUUUGCCAACAUACUCUUUUUGUAAGGUGUUGCUUAUGCAAACAUAUCCUUAACUUUUAUGUAGGAUAUAGCUUGGGAAAUAUCUUUCCUAUUAGUUUGUUGCACUACCUGUAUCUAAAUUACUUUUAUAUUUAACAGUGUUGCCUUAAUGUUAAUAUUUAUUUUAUAAUUUUGUUGGAAGAGUGCUAAAUAUAUUUAAGCAUAUAAACAUUUAGAAAAAUCAUCGAUGCCAUUUUGGAUUCUCUUCACUGACCUGUUGUAGACAUUUCUAGGAGAGUUCUGAUAUAAUGGUGACAUCAGCAUCAUGAAGUAUUUUAGAGCUUCACAGCAGAACAAGAACCUGACAUCUUCUCCAAGGAGUGGGUUACAAGCCCCACAAGACUUAGGGUGAUGGCAGUAAAGAAUGCUGCAAUGGAGAGAGUCUCCCUCCCCUUCCCCCUUCUGCCCCCCAAAUAAUACAAUGAGAUCCACUUCCUGAUUUCUAAAAUGAAAUUGAGAUGAAAUGUAAAAUUGUGAUAAUUAUGAUUUUCAGUAAUGUGUGUUAGCCCCCUUCCCCCCACCUUAAGGAAACAGAAACCCACUUCCUGAAAUUGAAAUCUUACCUUUCCCCUUCCCCCCCUCCCUCCCCACCCAAUAGACCGGUGCCUUGCAGCAUUAAAGAUCUGUUCAACUUCUGCUGGACACUCUUUGUUUACACUAAGGGUAAGCCAGCUUCAUUAAUUGUCUACAUUAUCUACCUUUGAGUGAAAAACUGGUUUUAUCUGAAAAGAUACAUUGUCUUUUAAAGGUAAUUUCCGUAUGAUUGGAGAUGAUUUGGUCAAUUCCUAUCAUUUGCUCCUGUGCUGCUUGGAUCUGAUUUUUGCAAAUGUCCUCCUUUGUCCAACUAGAAGAGAUUUGGUAAAUCCAUCAUUCAAAGGUUUACCAGCUGACUUUCACAUGACUGAGGUCAAAACUUCUGCAGAACCUCCUUGCAUCAUUGCUACACUAUGUGAACUACAUGAUGGACUUCUCGUAGAAGCUAAAGGAAUAAAAGAACACUACUUUAAACCAUAUAUUUCAAAGCUUUUUGAUAGAAAGAUUUUGAAAGGAGACUGCAUCUUGGAUCUCCGCAGCUUUGGAGAUAACAACAAAGCAUUGAAUAAAGAGUAUGAAGAGUACGUUUUAACAGUGGGUGACUUUGAUGAGAGGGUUUUCUUAGGAGCAGAUGCCGAAGAGGAAAUUGGAACACUUCAGAAGUUUCCUGCUGACAUUUCAGUGGGCAAAACAACAGGAGUUCAUGUGGAAUGUCAUCUUCAGCAGCAUUUUGAAAAGAAAAGAUCAUUUGCACCUUCUACUCCACUAACUGGAAGAAGAUACCUGAGAGAGAAGGAAGUGGUCACCACUCCUGUUGCUUCAGCAACACAAAGUGUGAGCCGGUUACAGAGCAUUGUGGCUGGGUUGAAAAACACUCCUAGUGAACAACUUACAGCUAUAUUUGAGUCUUGUGUGCGUAACCCUAUGGAAAGUAUUGUAAAUAGAGUAAAAGAAAUAGGUGAGGCUUUCUGUCAGAGCUAUACUAUGUCAACAGAUGACCAUUCUGGGCCUCAUAUAGAUUUUGCUGUAAACAGACUAAAACUGGCAGAAAUCUUAUAUUACAAAAUUCUGGAGACUAUAAUGGUGCAAGAAACACAAAGACUGCAUGGGAAGGACAUGACCGUUCUCUUGGAACAAGAUAUUUUUCAUCAUUCCUUAAUGGCAUGCUGUUUGGAGAUUGUACUAUUUGCAUAUAGCUCACCACGUACUUUUCCUUGGAUCAUUGAGGUUCUUGACCUCCGACCAUUCUAUUUUUAUAAGGUGAUUGAAGUAUUGAUUCGGUCUGAGGAAGGACUCUCUAGAGACAUGGUAAAGCACCUCAACAGCAUUGAGGAACAGAUUCUGGAGAGCCUAGCCUGGACUCAGGAUUCUGCACUGUGGAGUGCCCUCCAAGCCUCACAAAACAAAGUCCCAACUUGUGAAGAAGUAACAUUUCCAAAUAAUUUUGAAGCUAGCAAUGGAGGAAGUGGGCUAGGACAUCGGCCUCUGUUGUCAAUGUCUCCUAUAAUGCAUCCGCGGGUAAAAGAGGUUCGGACAGAUCUUGGUGGGAGUUUACGAAGAGACAUACAGCCAUUGUCACCAAUCUCUGUUCAUGAGCGCUACAGUUCUCCCAUAGCUGGAAGUGCUAAGAGAAGGCUUUUUGGAGAUGGCAGCCCAAGCAAAAUGCAGAUGGAGAAGAUUUUGUGCGAAGGAACUAACUUGAAAAUUGCCCCAUUUUCAAGCACUACUGCUGAAAUUGUGUCUGUCUCCCCUGGACAGACAGUAUUGACUAUGUCAACAGCUGCAGUAGCAAAAACAACAGGACAGAAAGUUACACUUCCACUGCAUGGUAUUGCAAAUGAGACUGGGGGGAUCACCUUGAUUCCCAUUUCAAUGACUUUAUCUCGGCACCCCAAAGUGGAGAAUAAUGAUCAAGUUCCCCUUACAGCCCAAGCUUUGACUAGUGCCUCUCCAGAUCAGUCCCAAAUGAAUCAAGCACAAGAAACGCAUCAUUUACCAGGAAGCAAACCAAAAAAAACUGGUUCCCUAGCUCUGUUUUACAGAAAGGUAUAUCAUUUGGCAAGUGUGCGUUUGCGUGAUUUGUGCUUAAAACUGGAUGUUUCCAAUGACUUGCGCAGGAAGAUAUGGACAUGUUUUGAGUUCACAUUAGUUCACUGCACUGAUCUAAUGAAAGACAGACAUUUGGAUCAGCUCCUCCUUUGUGCCUUUUACAUUAUGGCAAAGGUGACCAAAGAGGAAAGAACUUUUCAGGAUAUUAUGAAAAGUUACAGAAAUCAGCCACAAGCAAAUAGCCAUGUUUAUAGGAAUGUCUUGUUGAGAAGUACUCCUACAACUGUUAUGUCAGACAAUAGAAAUAUAAACCAAGAUGUAGAGAUGACAGAUGGUGACUCUUCUGGGAAAGCAUGCUGUUCAUCAUUAAGAUCUACAUUAGAGAACUCCAGUGAAUCAGGAGAGGAGAGAGGAGAUCUUAUAAAAUUUUACAAUGCAGUCUAUGUAGGAAAAGUAAAAUCAUUUGCACUGAAAUAUGAUAUGACAAACCAGGAUCAUGCAAUGGAAGCACCUCCCCUUUCCCCAUUUCCCAACAUCAAACAGCAACCAGUAUCUCCUUGGCGAAUAUCCCAGCAACACUCUGUUUAUGUUUCUCCACACAAGAAUGGUGCCUGCCUAACACCUCAUACUGCCCUACUGUACAAGUUUAAUGGGAGCCCAUCUAAGAGUUUAAAGGACAUUAAUAAUAUGAUCAAACAAGGUGAACACAGGAAUAAGAAACGAGCAAUAGCAAUUGAUAGUGACACGGAAAGCCCAGCAAAACGACUCUGCCAAGAAAACGAUGAUGUUUUACUUAAACGUCUUCAGGAUGUUGUCAGUGAAAGAGCAAAUCAUUAGAGCUAUCAUGGUCCUAUGAAUACUGAAAUCUGUAGAGUUCAACAUACCUGUUAUAUAAUUUAUUUCCACACAGCCAUAAUGUGUAAUUGGCAUUGUGCCAAUAACUUGCAAGGUCUUUAUUGUCUCCUAACAUUGGUAGAAAUGCAACAAAAGUGGUAAGGAGUGAUUGCUGCAAAAUUAGGCAAUGAUCACAUUGAGGUUUUUUCCUGUCAGAUAUGCUGCAAAUCACUCUGUUCAGUGUUCUUUUUGUUCUUUAAGCCAUGCCAAAUACUCAACUUUAAAUUAUUUCAGUGUCUGCUUUCAGCAUUUAUCAAAGGUUGUGCAUAUGACACACAUAGCACUGACUAUUUAUACAUACUGUAUCUUGCAACUGUGAAAAAUGUUAGUAUGCGUCAGUCAUGGUUUAAAUCAUUCUCAGCUUUGGCCAAUAGUUAUAGCUGUUACAAUGUGAGAAUUCAUUUAACAAACUUGAAAA